AUCGUCUGGGGCGCAAUUCAUUUCACAGACGUUCUUUCCAGCCAUCCUAUUGGAGGUCGACCGUUGGAAAGGAGAAGGGUCGUCUGGAAAAUCCUAUUUUCUUGUUUUUAGACAAAGCAAGUGGCACGCCUAACAUCUAACUCACGUGGUAAAGAGGCGUCUAAAGCCAUGCCACCGAGAAAGAGCAGAGACAAAGAGGUUCAGCCAGCCCAGGCUGAACAUGCAAAUGAUCCCAUCACUUUUCUCCCAGUGUCACCUUUGGCAAAACGGUCCUAUGGCAACCCAAUUUUCAAAGAAAGGGAUGCAGACCGUGGGGGUGACUUUGCUGAAUCAAGUGAUGUGUUUAGAGGUAUGACUGAACGUCUGGAUUUAGCAUUCAAAGAACAGAACCAGGCUAUGCAGAGACUUGUUGAGAGUCAAGCAGAAUUUUCCAGACGUCAGGAAGAGACAAUUAGACAAUGUAUGUCUGAACUGAGACAAAUUUUUGAAAAAGGCACUAACAUGAUGCGUGAAACUGGAGAUGAGAGUCGUAGAACACUGCAGGCUGUUUUAGAACAAGUAGUUGAGCAAGUGCGACAGCCCAGACCUGAGAUUCCUCCUCCAGUCCAUUUUGUCAUUGGUGAAAGGCAAAGACAACACGAACUGAUGGAGGCUGCUACUCUUGUUGCAAACCAUGGCCAUCAACCUCAGCAUAAGUAUAUUCUGCCAGGUAGGAAGGGCAAUGUGGGUCCUCAUCAUCAACCUUGUCCAAGGGACUUUUUCCAGCCACAAGUUCCUCCAGCCCAGCCGGUACGACGUGGUCUGCAGAAUCAACCAACUCAAUUCUUCAAUAGAGACCAUGGGCCAACCUUAAGGCCAUUGGAAAAGAUUGAUAAGGACAUAUUGAGAUUUCCAGACAAAGCGAAGGAAAUCAUGGGAGUGGAUGCAGAUCCUUUUCCAGCUGUGUCUGUGGGCGUGAAUGUUGCAGACCUCAAGAGUGUUGCCAGAAAUCGCAGUCUGCCUUAUGCUCAAAAGAACCUUGCUGCAGAAGACUUAAGGUGGGUUCUUGAGGCGCAGAGAUCCAGACAGAGCAGGAGCGUCAGGUCAGACCAGCAGAGGCUCGGGGGGCAAGAAAGGAUCACUGUGACCAGGAACUUCAGUCCAGAAGGUGCCAGACGUUAUUCAACUGGUACUAGAUCUCCAAGGAUGAUGGCUAUCAAAGGGCAGGCACUGGCAGACUUUCUUGCAGAUCAUCCAUGUCUGGACGUGGAGGCAGAUGAAGAAAAAUGGAUUAACUUGUUUUCAAUAAGUUUAGUUCCCUGGAAACUUAUUUUUGAUGGAUCCAGUACAGAAUCCAUGUCUGGAGCUGGAGUCGUGGUAAUUUCCCUGUCUGGGCUGAAAACACAGAUGUCUUUCCAGCUAGAUUUUAAUUGCACAAAUAAUCAAGCAGAAUAUGAAGCUUUGAUUAUUGGUCUUGAGAUGUUGGUGGAGCUUAAAGUAUCCAUGGUUGAGGUUAUAGGAGACUCACAGCUAGUUUUGAAGCAAUUGUCUGGUGAGUACAAAUGUACUAGCCUUGCUUUAGCCCCUUAUUUUGCCUUGGCUGUGCAAUUGCUGGAAGAAUUUGAUGACGUGUCCAUCAGACAUGUGCCCAGAGACGAGAACUAUGAAGCUAAUGAAAUGGCCCAGAUUGCUUCAGGUCUGCGAAUCCCUGAAGGUGUAAUGCAGAAAGUUGUAAUAGUUGAAAAACGCAGUCUGCCAUCAAUUCAUCAACGUGACAUGACUGUCUCCACUUGCAGCAUUGAUGUUACCCAGACGGACUGGCGCUUUCCAAUUAUUCAGUACCUUAAGGAUCAAAGCAUUAAGGUAUCUAAGAAAACCAAAAUGCAAGCUUUCAAUUAUGUCUUGAUUGAGGAUGUACUUUAUAGGAGAGGAAAUGAUGAACUACUGCUGCGUUGUCUGGGUCCAGAUGAAAGUUUCCAGAUGCUGUCUAAUGUCCAUGAUGGGAUUUGUGGUGCACACCAGGUUGGGAUCAGGAUGCGUUGGCUGAUUCGCAAACAUGGCUUCUUCUGGCCGUCUGUCCUGAAAGACUGUAUUGCUUAUGCUAAGGGCUGCAAAUCUUGUCAAAUCCAUGGGCCACUUCAAAGAGUUCCAGCCUCUGAACUUAAUUCUAUUGUGAAACCAUGGCCAUUUCGAGGCUAGGCUAUUGACUUAAUUGGAUAUUGCAUUUAUUUUAGGAUUUGUAGCUUUUAUUACGCUUGUUUGGUUGUGAAGUCCUUGGAGGUUUCCAAGGCAAUUAGUAACCCAUUUUGCAGAGCUCUACCCUCUGUUUUGCAACAUCGUCUGGGGCGCAAUUCAUUUCACAGACGUUCUUUCCAGCCAUCCUAUUGGAGGUCGACCGUUGGAAAGGAGAAGGGUCGUCUGGAAAAUCCUAUUUUCUUGUUUUUAGACAAAGCAAGUGGCACGCCUAACAUCUAACUC